UUCCUCUUCCUCGCUCAUAUAUUACAAGGCUCUCUCAAAUUCCUCUUUCAAUAACCGUCUCUCUCUCAUUAGCUCUGUGCAAUCUUUGAUCGAUCUGGUUGUGUUUUUAGGUUUUGGAUUUGAAUAGGGAUGGUUCAAGAAACACCGUCAAUGGAGUCGUCUCACCGAGAUGCGGAUCGGGUUAAGGGCCCGUGGAGCCCAGAGGAGGAUGAUUUGUUGAAGAAGCUUGUUCAACGUCAUGGGGCUCGGAACUGGUCGGUGAUUAGCAAAUCGAUUCCCGGUAGGUCCGGCAAGUCUUGCCGUCUCCGGUGGUGUAACCAGCUUUCGCCGGAGGUUGAGCACCGGGCCUUCACGGCCGAAGAAGACGAUAUAAUCAUACAAGCGCAUGCCAGGUUUGGUAACAAGUGGGCCACCAUUGCUAGGCUCCUCAAUGGCCGAACGGAUAACGCGAUCAAGAACCACUGGAACUCUACCUUGAAGAGAAAGUACUCGUCGCUGGUUGAGGAUGGCGGCGACACGAUCGACGAAGCGCCUUUCCGAAUGGAGAAGAAAUCUACGAGCCCCCGUACAGAGGCGCCGGUGUCGAUUCCGGCUAUCUGUUAUAGCCUCGACAGUAAUUCCGAAUCCGAUGUGAGCGAUUCCGGUGUUCCUGUUCCUGUUCCCUUAGUCUCUUCCUCUCAGGUUUUUGGUCCGGCUGCGAGAACCGAUUUGUUGCUGUCGCUGUCGAAGAACGGAGAUUUGUCUCCGAAUCUGAACAACGUCAACGUCAACGACAACUGCAAUGAGCCUUCGACUCUGCUCACUCUGUCUUUACCUGGAAAUGAGCCGUACGAGUUGCCAAACAAUGACUCGGCUUCUCGCCGAGAGAAAACUCCAGAGUCUGAGAAGAAUAGAGUAGCGUUUGGAUCGGAGUUCUUCACAAAGAUGCAGGAGUUGAUUAGGAAAGAAGUGAGGAAUUACAUGACAGACUUGGAAAAGAACGGCGAGUUUUUUUAAACAGAGGGUGUGAUCGGGAACGGUGAGAUAAAAGCUUGAUUAAGCAAAUUUUAGUUUCUAAAACAUUCAGGCAGAAGAAACAUGAAAGAAAAAUCGGAAUUAGAUAGUGAAAAGGUUAAAGAAGAAGAGUACUAGAGUGGAAAUCUGGGAAGAAAAUAUAUUUAUUUUCUUACAGGUCUAAUUUUCUUUUCUUUUUGAGGCUGUACAGAAACAUUAGAGAGAUUUACACAAAUUUGUGAAAAGAAGCUGAAGAAAUUGUUUUCUAUGUUUGGUUUUAUUGCAUUUUUCUUUUUUUUGAAAAGAAAUUUCAUAAUUGAAAAGUUAUUUUCAUUUGCGUUA